UUCAGUUGUUAAACAAAUCUUGUCGCAGUCGAUGUGGGAAGAUGUUCAUGAACCAGUGGAGUUACAUCUUUAAACACUGUAGGCUUAUAUGUGAGGAGAGUAGGACUGUGUUCGACUGGUUUUUAUAACACACAGCUACAUUAUAAAUAUCGCCUCUAUAGAUAUAUUUCCAUUCAACAACUGCUGACGUUCUCGGUCAGCUGGUCUGAAACUGUUGCAUGAAUAUGGAUGCGACUGUGCCGGAAAAAGAAACUACAAAUGAAAAACGAAACUAUAAACUCUUAAUUAUCGGUGCCGGUAUAUCAGGUAUAGCUGCUGGGAACCAUCUUUCACAGUCUGGGUUCAAAGACUUCAAAAUAAUUGAAGCCUCGGAUCGAACGGGAGGGCGAAUAUGGACCAUAAAAAUUGAUGAUGAGCACAACAAAGUGGAGAUGGGUGCCAACUGGAUCCACGGCAUCGAGAGAAAUCCCAUUUUUAAAAUUGCCUAUGAAAACAACCUGUUGGAACUGCGGCAUGGAGACAAGGGUCUGCGCCACAAGAACCUGUUCCGUACAGAGGAUGGGGAGGAGAUCAAUGAGCGGACUGUAAACCAAAUCAACCUCUUGUAUGGACAACUUAUCAUCCAGGCUGAGGAUUAUUAUCAGAGCAACAUUCCCACUCCAGAGGAAAAUGACAGUGUGGGUGCAUUCUUAGAGCGUGAGUUUUCAUCAAUGAUUGAAAGGUAUUCCAACGGAGACCGUCAUGUACGGGAAAUUUUAUUUGACCAAAGGAAACUGCUGGAAUGCUGUAUAUCUGGUUGUGACACACUAGAUGAAGUGUCGCUCAGUGAGUUUGGGGGCUACCAGGAACUACCUGGAGUGCACUACUCCAUUCCUAAAGGGUUCAAAUCAGUGUUAAACAUUCUCAAGAAAAACAUACCCACAGAAAACAUACUGCUCAACACCCCAGUCAAAUGUAUUCACUGGAAUCGCAAGCAUUCCGAUGACAACCAGUUCGAGGUCAAAGUUGAGUGUGAGAAUGGAGAGGUGUUCUAUGCAAAUCAUGUGUUAGUGACUGUCUCGCUCGGUGUUCUGAAAGCAGCCUGUGAUCGCAUGUUUGACCCACCAUUGCCGCCAGACAAGCUGCUAGCCAUUGACCGUGUUGGAUUUGGCAUUGUGGACAAGGUGAUAGUUCAAUUUGAUGAGCCAAUCACGCCUCCAGAGGUGUUCCAUGUUGAGAUGUUGUGGGACAAGACAAAGGUCGAAAUUCCAGAUCUGCGACACACCUGGUAUCGCAAAAUCUACUCCUUGGAGGUUACUGGGGGCAAUGUUCUUGUGGGUUGGUUAAGCGGUAAAGAGGCCCUGUACAUGGAAUCUCUGACGGAAGAACAAGUGGGACAAGACAUAGUUUCAUUUCUGAAGAAAUUCCUCAAGAAAAAAGACAUUCCUCAACCAAAGAAAGUCAUCAGGACAAGGUGGGGAAACAACCGUUACACACGGGGAUCCUACAGCUUCAUCCAAGUAGGAGCCAGCAUGAGUGACACCGAGCUCCUGGCCGAACCUGUAUUUGGAUCUGCAUCUGACAAGCCACAACUGUUGUUCGCGGGAGAAGCUACUCACUCAGAAUACUACUCCACUACCCACGGUGCCCUGGAGACUGGCAAGAGGGAAGCAACCCGCUUCCUGGACAUGUACAACAUGUGUCAUUCAUAAGGAGUUACUACAAUAAUGUUUUCUUACCGGGGAUCAUAGGGACCUGUCAAAUACAGGAAACUAGCUAUAGCUAAGAACGAUGCGUCAUUGGCAAGCCAAAAACACUCGAGGAAAGUUUCAACUUUCAUGCACAGAGAAUGAUUACCAUUCAUUGUGCACUUAACAAUUUUUUAUGACAUACUCUGAAAAUUGGAAAGUGACUUUGUUCUUUGCUGUUCGAAAUAGAUGAUUCUGCCAGUUAUAUCGCAAACCUGUGUUGACUAUUUUAUGAAAGGUGACAAUCACCCUGUGAUGUCAUUUAUCUGUGCAACUGACAAAUACAAACACUAGAAUGACCAUCAGCAUAUGAUGGGAAUUCCUCCUGGUGUGAAUGAAGACAAUUGUGUGCCGCUGAAUAUAUUGGAUAUGUAUAUUUAAUAUUGUAAGUGCUAUCCUGAAAGACUGAUAUGACAGUUUCUUUAGAUUAAAAAAUGCAAAAAUGUAGAGUGAACUACUUGGAUGUGUUACAGAUAAUGCAACAAUGCUAUUGUUUCCCCAGAGGAGACUAGACCAGUGUAUUGGUCCCAAAGUAAAGUUUGUAUUAUUACAGAAGAUCCUAUGCAGUGUGCUCCAACACAUGCUUGUUACCUGUCACAUAUAAAGUAGGGUGCUUGUUUUAAGUUACACAUGUGUUCAGCUCAAAGUUGGAAAAUGAGGACUGCCUGUAUUAUAUAAUAUAAUAUAUACAUAGACAUGUAUAUCAUUAAGUGGAUAAUUGUCAUGUUGUAUAUUCACAUGGAGAAGAGAAAGUAGAUGAGAGACUGUGUCCUAUGCCAGCGUUAUGAUUUAUAUAUUGAAGUGAAUGAAGGAUGUGAAACUUCCCUGUAUAUCCCCUGUACAAGUUUUAUGAAGAUGUUGGAAUGAAUAAGUAUGGAUUGAUAUAAGACCUUCACUACACUUGUAGGUCCCGCUCUGUGGUGACCUUGAGGUCAGGAACCAGGACACUCAAUAAAUGCGAUUAACAAUUAUCACAAUUGCGUAGACAAUUGUCUACACAAAUAUAUACAUAUAUAUAUAUAUACAUUCAAGAACUUGAGAAGUGAAUGCUAGCACUGGGCCAGGAAUUCUAUAAUUGCCACAUGCACCCACUGAAAGUUAUUGAUUGUAUGUUUGAGAGAGACGGGUGUUUGGAUUGAGAUUUGUUAGGAGUGUGAUAGUAUACUUGUUGUUACAAUAGUCAGUCCUAAUGUAUUGCAGUUUUAAUUGUUGUCGUUGAUUACGGCUUAAAUAGCAAUUCAGGCCAAACAUGUCUUAUUUACAAAAUCUAGUCUUAGGAGUUGGACACGACGUGUGGUCACUAAUGAAAAUCGUUACAGUUUGUAUCAACAGUUUGGACAUAUUUCGUCCUUUCCUGUUUCUAUGUUUUUCCGAUGGCUGUCGUCUGAAGUAGAGAGUCUGUAUUUCGCAACUUCUGAUGUUGUCGUCAUUGCUGUGUUAUAGUUAUGUUGUAUCAACUUCAGUUCCGUGCCUACUCUCUUCAUUUAUAUAUGUCUUUAUAUCAGAGUUUUAAAUAUUACAAAAAAGAUGUGAUUCUGAAUUAUUACAACUUUGAUAAAUUAAAGUGGAGCUCUUUGAUUGGUCAAAAUCACAUCACAUGGUAUGAAAUGGUCUUCCCCAUCAAAUGGUUCGUUCUUAGAGUGUCAUGUAUAUAACAUGGUCUCAUUCCUUGACAAAAAAAUAAAAAUUGUACCAUUUAAGUGAAGAUUAUUUUGUUAAUAAAAGAAAUAUAGAUAUAGGAAAUAAGCGAGUUCAGGUUAGUGCCCGUUAUUCUGUACAUGUAUGUUGCCACUGAGGUGAAUAAACUAGUGUAUGAUUUGAUGGAGGAGGAAGCAAUAGUUAUUGUUCCCACCAUUGUGAACAAAAUUUAUAAAAUACCAUGUUCUUGAUUUACAAGUACAAUAUAUCUGAUUGUUGAAAUUCAUAUGUCACAAUGAUUAAAAUUAAUCAAGAAGUUAAAAUAUCCAUCCAAAACAGAAAAUUUAUACUUUUUGCAGUUUGAAAUAUAAGAUGCCAAUAUGCACCAUAUAAUAUAUGUGUUAUAGAUAUGUGAUUUUACUGGCCUUUGAAGAAUUCACGACAACUUUCACCCGUCUGAACGACUACAUGACACUGAUUUUAACUAUCCGAAUUACCUUGUGUUUGUUUUACCACUGCAAUUGAAAGUCUAUUUAUUAAGCAGGCAAUAGGUUAUGAAGGCUAGUAACAUGUACCUCAAUAGUGGCAUUUACCUCCGAUUAACAUUUCUGUUUUAUUUACCAUUUUAUUUUCCAUUGACGUUCUGGUAUAGUGUCCAUGAGUGACGUUGGUGAGGAGCAUGAUUCGUUCAAUGAUGCAUAAAGUUAUUUAGCGUCUUAGUUAUAUACAUGUUAUGUAUAUCUAAGUUAGCUUUACUGUUCAUUGCCGGCUUGAUGAUGAGAUACUGUGAAUUUACUUAAAGUAGCAAAACACCAUUGUAGUGCUGCCUACUUCAGUGCACUUAUCUAUCAUCUAUUAUAGAACAUCAGCCUUUACAUUGCACUUGAUAUGUAAUAGAAAUGUUGGCGCUGUUCAUAAAGUCUGUGCUAAAAUAGGUCAGUUGACAUCAGUAUGCACUGGCAUCAGUAUGCACCGACAUCAUUUUGGACUGACAUCAGUAUGGACUGUCAUCAGUAUGCACUGACAUCAGUAUGGACUGUCAGACAUCAGUAUGCACCGACAUCAGUAUGAACUGUCAGUAUGCACUGACAUCAGUAUGCACCGACAUCAGUUGGACAUCGUAGACAUUGAAACUUGAGUUGUUCAUCCAUGUCAUCAAGCUGCGGUUAGAGGUUAGAAUUCUAUCGCCUUGUUUUCUAUUCACCCAUUACCGUUUGUCCACUCCCUCCACCCUUUCUCACUGACAGCUGGCUCCAAUUUCUAUCAAAGGGAAUAUCUAGAUCAGUCUUUAAUUUUCUCAAUAUUAUGUUUGCCAUUUAUGCAUGACAUUUACUCUAGAUGUCUAUAUGAUUGGACUAGCAAAUGUUUACUUUAAUAUUAGUAAAGAUUUGAAAUAUUUUUUGUGAGUCCAGAAAUUUAUGAUAAAAAAUAGUCAAUUUGGCAUGUUUGAAUUUCAAAUUAAGAAAACAAAAGGUGCAACCCUGGCAUAUAAAAGAAAUAUGGUUGAGAUAGCAGAAUACAACUGUUGGUGUAUUCCACUUUAUUACAUUUGCAUUUUAGCCAAGAUAUAGAAACCACUGUUUUAAUAAUUACAAUCUCAUUACUUUUGAACUAAUGCUAGAGGAAAUUUACUUACAAAUAUGAGUGGGUUUUUUUUCUUUUUAAGUUUUAGAUAUUUCAUAGUUUCUUUGAAUUAUUAUAAAAGUGUAGUACUAAUAUUUUACUCCAGCUUAAGUCAACUCUCCAGUACAUAUUUGCAUUCUAUAAUUAGUGGAUUAUGUAACGACUUCUGUGAUUGGUCAUUCAAUAUUGAGAAUCCAUAUUGUCCCUGUGUGAGGUCAAUUAUCAGAAUUUCUUUACCAUGCAAGUGACAUUUUGCGCUGUGAAAUUUAAAAUCAUGAAUAUUUGGGAUUUAUAGCUUAAUACAUUGAUAACAAAUUAAAGGAUGGCAAAACAAACCUAAGAGAAGAUUAAUAUCUGAUAUUUGUUCAUGAAAUUGGAGUCAGAACAGCACUCACAAACCGUCCAAUGUUCAAAGAGCAGUUAACUUGCUUCAGUAUAUUUAUGAAUAAUGUGUAGAUUUUCGGGCCAAAUUCUUCAAGACAUCGCUCAAAAACUUAUAUAUCUAAGUUCUCAGGACUUGAAGUGACUUUAACACAAAUUUUGAUGGAAGAUGUUUUAAACAACAAAUCAAAGUCAUGAAAAACUUGGCCAGAUCUAGAUAUCAAUGAUCAAAGGCAACGAUCAUUAUCUGUCCCAACAUACUUGAUUCAUCAUACUUGUGAACCAAAUGAUAAAGAAAUGAGUUGACAUCUUUUAAUUUGCUCAAUACUAGUAACAAGUUGUGCUUUAUAAAUCGCAUUUUAUUAGAAAUGGGACUUCACAUUAUAAUCAUUUAUAGCCUAUUUUUUGUUGUUUUUAUUUUUUAUGUGUAUUUUAGCAGAAUUUGGAACAAGUCAUUUUAGUUGCAUUAGAAAGCAGUGAGAGGAAAUCAUACGAAAGCCAUGACAUUGAUGCAUGACUAAGUGGUUGUUGAGGUAAACCCAUUGCCCUGUCCAUUUGUUGGUAAACAUAUAUUUAUGGCAAGUCAAUGAUAUUGUAGGGCAGUUACAUUUAGUCCUCAUUUUAGCCACACUGUUCACUCAUAAAAAUUGUACACAAUGGUUAUCCUCCUCCGGCAAAGCUACUAGAAGUAAUAGUCUUUUCUCCUUUGUUUUACUACACAGUGUUAAUAUGUCAGCAUUCCUUUAAGUUAUGGCAUUUCCAGCUAACCUAAUUGGGGAGGCUACUCUACCUGUGGUACUGUGCAGUGUGUGAUGACGGGAUGGUGACCAACAACAACUGAAUAUGAAUAAAAUGUUUGAAAACAGAAAAAAUAA